AUGACAACGCCGACACCGGUACCGGCGCCGUCGCGCAACAACCCUAUAUCUCUCCGUAUCUACAAAGCGAUCAGCACCAACUUCGAUGACGCCGCUUCGCGCGAAGCCCUCGAGAUUGCAUCCGGCUUCUACGCCAAGCGGGACAAGGGCAAGUCAAAAGCCGACUCUUCUCCGUCUGUCUCCAACACCUACCACGACGACGAUGAGGACUUUGUCCCGCGGCGCCGGACGCUGAAGGGGCAGAGCGCGGCUGCUGCCCGACGGAAUCUGAAGCGCGAUGUCGAGGCGCGAAUGGCUGGCGGCAGCCAGCGCUUCCUCGAUGCCUUUGGCGAAGUCGAUAAGGGCGAGCUCGACCAGGCGAACAGUGGGACCAAGUUUCUCCUCGAGCGAGCGGAUGGACUGCGAUCACAGCGUGCUUCCGCGCAGCUCCGCACAUCACUCGUGCAGCUCUUCCUGGCACGCUUCACCUUGUCUCCGACGGAGGAGGCAGCCCUCUCGUCCCGCGAGGUCGAGGUAGGACCCGAAGUCUUCGCAGCGCUGGAACAUGUCGAACGGAUCCGAGACGACUGUCGCGCACUUCUGGGUGGAGACGAGGGAAAGAUGCAGGCUGGCCUGGACAUAAUGGCAGCGACAGGAGCGGCCAUGGAGGCAGGCUACGCCAAGGUGUCUCGCUGGUGUGAACUGCAGUUCCGCCAGAUGACGCGGGAAUCGCAACUCGACGUCUCGUCAUCCCUGAAAGCCGGCGUUAGGCGGUUAGGCUCCCGCCCACAAAUGCUGAAGGACGCCUUGUCUGUCCUUGCAUCGACAAGGCAGGCGGCGAUCCUCCAGGCAUUCCUUGACGCCCUCACCCGUGGAGGGCCCAAUGGUCUGCCGAGACCUAUCGAGAUCCACGCCCACGACCCGACCCGCUACGUCGGCGACAUGCUCGCGUGGGUGCACCAGAUGACCGCGAGCGAGCACGAGUUCCUCGAGCAGCUGUUUGAGGUGCGCACUGGCCGGCGCAUGGUGGGCGCAGAACGAGCGGCGGCGUCCAACGACGCACAGCGCCUGGUCGCGGAGGUCCUGGAUCGGAAUCUGGAGGGUCUCGGCCGCCCCCUGAAGCUGAGGAUAGAGCAGACGGUGAAGACGCAAGAGGGCGUGGUCAUGACGUACAAGAUUGUGAACCUCGUGCAGUUCUACCUCGUCACUAUGCGCAAGACGAUAGGCGCGGACGCCCUGCUCUCGAGGACGCUGCAGGAACUGUACGACUACGCCGACGCCGCCUUCUUCGAGACGCUCCAGGCGCAGGGCCGCUCCCUCCUGCGUUUCCUCCACAUCCUCCGCGAGAUCAUCGCAGUAUACGACACCUCGCUCGUCGACGCCGAGGAGCGCGAGACAGAUUUCGCCAAGUUGCUCGACGCGGCGGUGGACCCGGCGGUGGAGAUGUGCGAGCGCAUGGCGGACCUGAGGAAGAACACGGGCAACACGGGAAGUACGUGGGACAGGGACGUGUUCCUUGUCAACUGCCUGGAAUACCUCCAGCACACGCUUGAGAGUUACGCCUUCACUGCGCCACGGGUCCGGAAGUUGCAGGCAAGCGUGCAGGAGCAUGUCGACUCGAUGACUUUUGAGCAUGGCGAAGGAAGGAGGCAAGGCGCUAACACCCAGCACGGCAAGCUUCUCGAGCAAUCCGGCCUCGCACCCGUCAUGAAGUCCAUCAGGGCGCGGGACGACCGUCCCCUGUCUCAACAGCUCACAGCUAAAGAACUCUCUUCUGCUCUCGCGCAAUUCUCCUCCUUCCUCACCAGCCACGACCCGCUCACCUCGCCCCGACUCGCGCUGCUCGCCAACCCCCGCUUGGCGGAGACGAUCCACGGCACCGCGCUCCGCCACAUUGCGGACGCUUAUGGCGAGAUCGCGGACCGUGUCCUGGAUAAGAACGAGGGGUACGAGUUCCCUGAGACACUCCUCAGGCGUGGCAAGGAGGAGGUCCAGGUCGCGCUGGGCAUUACCAAUUAG